AUGUUCCCAACGCCGGUGGUUGAUGCGGAUUUUGAAAAGGUCUACGAGCCAGCUGAAGACUCUUUUCUGCUCUUAGAUUCUUUGGAACAAGAACUGGAAUACAUUCAAAAAAGAUUCAAAAAUCCUGUUGUGGUAGAGAUUGGUUGUGGAUCAGGUGUUGUUACUACAUUUUCACAUAAGAAUAUUGUACCUGAUGGCUUGUUUAUCACCACAGACGUCAACCCUCAUGCCUGUAGGAGCUCAAAAGCUACAAGCUUGAAGAAUGGUGGAGCCAAAUAUUUAGACACAUUGCAAUCAGAUUUGACAACCAGUAUAAGGUCAAAUAUAAUUGACAUUCUUAUUUUCAACCCACCAUAUGUCCCUGCUGAAGAAGUGCCACAGAUACCCAAAAAUGAAAGUGAUUAUGAAUGGUUAGACCUUGCUUUGCUCGGUGGAUCAGAUGGAAUGGCCGUCACAGAUAGACUUUUAGAUAACUUUGAUCAAAUUUUAUCACCAAACGGAAUAGCAUACAUUCUAUUCUGUGCCAGAAAUAAACCAAAGGAAGUGGCUGACCGAAUGAAGUCAAAAGGUUGGGAUAGUGAGCUUAUUAUCAACAGAAAAGCGGGAUGGGAAGAUCUUUCAGUCUAUAAAUUCUUCAGAACUUGA